AUGGAAAACAAAAUCGUAUUGAUUUUUGUUCUUGCCUUCAUCCCGACCAUUCUGGGUCGUAAUGCUACAACGGGUACAAUUGUGGUUGAUGCAACCACAACAAUAGCGGAAACUGAUGAGAAUUUCGUUUGUUUUACUUUGGACAUUUGGCCCCAUGACGAGUGUCGUUGGUCCAAACUUUGUGUUUGGGAUGGUCAUGCUUCUAUGCUCAAUUUGGACUUAACUCUUCCUAUCAUGAACAAAGCCGUUCAAGCUUUCAAGUCGGUAAGGAUUAGAGUUGGAGGCACUUUACAAGACAAAUUGAUUUACAACGUUGGGGCUGGCUUCCAGGGAACCUGUCACCCAUUUCAAGCAACCAAAGGUUCGUUGUUUGACUUCUCGGUGGGAUGUUUGUACAUGGAAAGGUGGGACGAUUUGAACAACUUUUUCAACAAUACCGGGGCGAUUGUGACUUUUGGCUUAAACGCUCUCUUGGGUAAGUACAAGACGCAAGGAAUUCAAUGGGAAGGAAAUUGGAACUAUAGCAAUGCCGAGGCUCUUAUUCAAUACACGGUAGAGAAUAAUUAUCAAAUAAAUUCAUGGGAGUUUGGUAAUCCUCAUAUUUCUUAUACAUUUAUCAAUAGUUUUUGGUACUUGGAUCAGCUCGGGAUGGCUUCAAUGUACAAUACAAAAGUAUAUUGUCGACAGACUUUGAUCGGUGGAUUCUAUGGUGUCAUCAAAUCCUCAACUUUACUUCCUACGCCAGAUUACUAUGGUGCACUUCUCUUUCAUCGACUCAUGGGACCCCGUGUUCUCAAAAUUGACAAUAAUGUCUCUUCUGACCUUCGUAGCUAUGCCCAUUGCUCGAGAGGAAGAUCUGGUGUAACCUUGCUUUUCAUCAAUUUGAGCAAUGCAACCGACUUUAUAAUUGACCUUGAAAACAACAUCAACUUGAGUUCAGGUAAGAGAAACGCUUCAAAAGGUCAAAGAGUGAAAAUAGAUUCACCAAGAGAGGAAUACCAUUUGACUCCGAAAGAUGGUCUAGUUAGAAGUUCCACGGUGCUUUUAAAUGGAAAUCCAUUGGAGACUACCAAAGAGGGAGACAUACCAAAUCUUAUACCUGUCUACCGUCAGAGCAACUCUUCUAUACAUAUUGCUGGUUGGUCCAUUGCUUUCAUUGUCGUCCCUCACUUUGUAGCUCCAGCAUGCAACUAA